AUGAUAAGGUACGAACCACCAAGAGUAAAACAUCCCGCCCGCUCAACUCAACUCAACCUCCGCCCUCUCCGCCUUCCGUCCGCCGCUCCGAACAUUUCUCUCCUCCACACCACUCACUCUACCACCCUUACCUUCCUUCCUACACCUCAACCCCUCCUCGACAAACAACCAGUCAACACACACUCAACACACACUCAACACACAAAGACAGAGACAGAGACAGACAGAGACAGAGACAGAGACCAGAAAGAAAAGCACAAUGUCCACCACUCCACCCCCCAAACAACAACCAACACCAACACCAACACCUCCGACUCCCCCUCCGCAACCGCAAACCCGCUCCUCCGCGCCUCCAACCCCCUCGUCUCCGACCUCGAGCAGGAGGUCCUGGAUGAGUAUGCGCGGUUGUUGGGGAAUGUUAAUAAGCUCUCCUCAACCCUCUCCACCCUCUCCGGCUCCCCCACCUCCCUCACCCUCGACGGUCUACGCCACCUCGAACGCAAGACCGCCACCGUCUGCACGCUUCUGAAAGCAAGCGUCUACAGCAUUGUCCUCCAGCAGCAGAUCUUUAAUGAGAGUGAGGAGCAACAGCAGCAGCUGCUGCUGCAAGAGCAGCAGGAACAGCAGUAUCAGUAUCAGCACGGUAUGGAUGGGGAUGUGGAUAUGGAUGUGGAUAUGGAUGGGGAUUAUAGUGGUGGUGCUGGUGGUGCUGGUGGUGCUGGUGGUGGCUAUGAGGGGGGGUAUGGCGGGGGUGGGGACGAGUGUUUUUGA